AUGCGCGCGGCGGCGGGCAAAACAACACGUGACCGCUGCCUCACGCGGCUGCCGCUGCGGCUCCUGCUACAAGCGCAGCAGAGGGGCGCGAGCCACCGCCCGCAGAGGUGUGCGAGGGAGGGGGCGGCCGGCCCGAGAGUCUGGUCCACUAGUUCCCACCGCGCCCGGCGAGCCGACAAGUUACCCCAGAAAGCUGAAAGUGUCAUAAUUUCUGUAAAGUUUGGACUCUGA